ACAAACAGGAAGAGAGCUUACUGCUAAAGCAGUGCCCUCUCUACCUGUACCUAAGCUGCUUGUAAGAACAGACAGCAUGAACGUAAAGCCAGGUGCCAGUGGUUACAGCUGCGUAUUCUGACAAAGUGCUACAGGGAGUCCCUGCAAAUCUUAGACCUCUAAGGGAUGAAAUUUCAUAUGCUACACUGGGACACAACAGAACAUUUAGGUAAAGCUUCAAAUAUGGCUAAUACUUUAAUCUGGUCCUGUUCAUGGGGUGAUGCUUUAAGACAUAAAGUAGGCUGCAUUUUCCUUUCAGAGAGCUGGUAUUUGGUACGUUUUGAGGCCUAGUUGCAGAGGGAUAUACAAGAUGUGAUAGAUUUAGGGAGUUACAUGAAUCUUCCUUUCAUCUGAACUCUCGGAUUUACUGAAAUCUGUUCUACAGGAAGUUGUUCUAAGCCAAAGAAUUCAAAAAUAAGUACAUCCUUAGUGUACUUCAGUUCUUUUAAAGGGAUGGGCUUUUGCUUGUAAUUUUCAUUAUGAGGAAACCCCGAAAUCUGAAAAGUUGACAGUUUAUUUUAGGAAGGUUCUUAUAACUCAGUUUAAAUAAUUCAAAUCAAUUUUGACUCAUGAAGCACCUUUUUCUUGAAAAAGAUGUGGGUUGGGAUGAAGAUCUCAGAAUGUUCCUUGCAGUGGAGUUAAUGUGAAAUGCCUUUUAGAUCACAGUGCUAACUUUAUUUUAGUGCAAUAAAAUUUGAGAUUAUCUCAAUUAUUUCUCUUGCAGGUCGGGAGUUCAUUAUCCCUUCAUUGGCACACAGAUUUAUAGCAGAGAUGGUGGAUUUUUUUAUUCUUUUCUUUAUAAAGGCAACCAUUGUUUUAAGUAUCAUGCACCUCAGUGGAAUAAAGGACAUCUCUAAAUUUGCUAUGCAUUACAUAAUAGAAGAAAUAGAUGAAGAUACAUCCAUGGAAGAUCUGCAGAAAAUGAUGAUAGUAGCUCUUAUCUACAGAUUGUUAGUCUGCUUCUAUGAGAUUAUCUGUAUUUGGGGAGCAGGUGGAGCAACCCCAGGGAAAUUUUUACUUGGACUGCGAGUUGUGACAUGUGAUACAUCUGUACUUAUUGCACCAAGUCGUGUAUUAGUGAUUCCGUCCUCUAAUGUCAGUAUAACAACGUCUACAAUACGAGCUUUGAUCAAGAAUUUUUCUAUUGCUUCAUUUUUCCCUGCAUUUAUUACACUGCUGUUUUUUCAGCAUAACAGAACAGCCUACGAUAUUGUAGCAGGAACUAUUGUGGUAAGAAGAAAUGGAAUCAGAUGAUUCUAAAAAAUGACAGAUUUCCAGACUGUUUUUGAACACACAGAAAACACAAAGAAAACAGAAAAGCAACCUAAACCUGGAAUUCAGAUGACUGUCAAUCAGAAUCUUUUGCCUGAAUUAAAUGGGGGCUGAUUCAGAAGCGAAAGAAAAUGCGUUGCUCCAGUGUGAUGCCAGCAGCUAUCUUGAAAGUAUUAGACUCUUCAUAAAUGCCAAAGAAGUUUGAGAGAAACAGUACUUGUUAAAUCGGGAAGUAUUACCCUUAGAUUGACAAGAAAGUGACUGCAUUAACUGCAAAAAGAUGCUGUUCGGUUCAUCAGUCUGUGGAAAGUGGAUACCUAGAAAUACUCCAGCUUAGAAGAAACGUCUUUCCUACAAUUUUUGGGUGUUGACAGGUAAUUAGAAAAUUGUUUUCCAAGCAGCUGCCUAAGUCCUAUGACAAACUCUGAACAGAAGGGAACUGCAGUAUUAGACAGUAAGGCAAAACGGCAUCUAAUCACGUACAUUAAAUUGCCAAAUGUGUAGAGAGAGAUGAGCAGUGUUCAUCAUUUCCCUUAAGAUAUUACUGCUUCAUAGUUAAUAUUCCUUCACCUCUUUUCAGGUAUUUUAGCUGAACAGUCAUGUGACAAGUUUUUUGCAUGAGUAUGUCUUAAGCAUUGUCAUUUAUUUCACGCAUCUAUCUGAGCUAACAAAGAGGUGAAAUAGUAACUGCUUUUUCUGUGGGAAGGGUAUGUUACGCUGCAGUGUUAGUGACUUGGCGUGUGUAUAUAAUUCUUGGAGCUAUGAACAGUACCGAUCACGCUAAUAAAAGGCAACUUUCCUGCUUCUA